UUCCUGGUUCCUCUCAGUCAAAGGUCUGGAGCCUCUGUGGCCUCCACUCAGAUGCAGGAGGACGCAGAAUGGACAUCAUCCGCUUCUUCUUCUUCUUUUUGACAACUUUGCUUGUUUACACCUGCUCGGCUUCACAGCCUAAUUUCGUGCUCCUUUUCGCAGAUGAUUUAGGUUUCGGGGACUUGGGCUGCUACGGACACCCCAGUUCGCAAACUCCGAACCUGGACCGGCUGGCAGCGGGAGGACUCCGGUUCACAGACUUCUACUGCACCAGUCCCGUCUGCACCCCCUCCAGGGCAUCGUUGUUGACGGGGCGCUAUCAGACCCGCUCAGGUAUCUACCCAGGAGUGUUUUACCCAGGCUCUAGAGGCGGUCUCCCUCUAAAUGAGACCACCAUUGCAGAAGUGUUGAAACCUGUGGGCUAUGCUACUGCUGCCAUGGGGAAGUGGCACUUAGGAUUUGGGGCCAAUGGGACGUUUCUUCCAACCAGGCAGGGGUUUGACCAGUACCUGGGGAUCCCCUACUCUCACGACAUGGGCCCCUGUCGGAACCUGAUUUGUUUCCCUCCAGAUGUUAAGUGUUUUGGAUUUUGUGAUGUUGGCACUGUCACCGUCCCACUAAUGCACAAUGAGGUCAUCAAGCAGCAGCCAGUUAACUUCCUCGAUCUGGAAAGGGCUUACAGUGAUUUUGCAACCAGUUUCAUCACCACGUCAGCCAAGAAAAAACAGCCGUUCUUCCUCUACUAUCCUUCCCAUCACACCCACUACCCCCAGUAUGCAGGUCCAGGGGCAGCUGGACGCUCUUUAAGGGGCCAAUAUGGAGAUGCUCUUUUAGAGUUCGACAACACAAUAGGAGACCUUAUGACAACUCUGGAAAAGACAGGAGUGAUCAACAACACACUGGUCUUCUUCACUUCAGACAAUGGGCCUGAACUAAUGCGUAUGUCCCGUGGAGGUAACUCUGGCCCUCUGAAAUGUGGAAAAGGCACCACUUAUGAGGGGGGCAUGAGAGAGCCAGCCAUCGCCUUCUGGCCAGGGACCAUCAGGCCAGGUGUGACUCAUGAGAUGGCCAGCACUCUAGAUAUCCUUCCCACCAUUGCAAGUUUGGCAGGAGCCAAACUACCCAAGGUGAUGCUGGAUGGGGUCGAUAUGACAGAAAUCCUUGUCAACCAAGGAAAGAGUCAAAGGGAGGCGAUGAUGUUCUACCCCACAGAUCCCAGUGAGAUGUAUGGCCUGUUUGCUCUCAGGCUUGGGAAGUACAAGGCCCACUUCUAUACACGAGGUGCUACCCACAGCGGUACUACCCCGGACCAAGACUGCUCAGUAUUUGCAGUCCUCAAGGCCCGCGACCCCCCUCUACUUUUUGACCUGGAGGCUGACCCCUCAGAGCACUACCCUCUCUCCCUGAUGGGAAAACCCGACCUCCAAGCCGUGUUGGAGAGGAUCAAAAAAGUCAAGGAGCAGUUUGAAGCCUCCAUGGUGUUUGGAGAGAGCCAGAUAUCAAAAGGAUCAGACCCGAACCUGGAGCCUUGCUGCAAUCCUCAGUGUAGCCCCAAGCCCAGCUGCUGCAAGUGUUGAUGGGACAAAUUCCCACAAUCGAAAAAGUGGACAAUGUGGGUACUGCACUGAUUAUUCCCUUAAGAUUGUUCUGUGACAGCUGAUUUUUUUAAUUAUCUGAUGAUGCAUUGCUACUUACAGUCUGUACUGAAAAAUAUAAUUGCAAACAAUCAGUUUCCUCAGUGAGGAGAUGAUUUUCUUGAUAUGUAUAUUGACCUAAUUGAGAACUGAUGUACUGUACUGAUGAACUGUACUGUUUAUUUCCAGACUAUUUGAAUAGGUGUUUUAUUCCUAACACCGUUUCACCUCAACAUUCUUUCUAAUCAUAACAUUUUAAAUAGAUGAAUGGAUUUUAUGUGAAAUGCCUUCCAAUCACAUGAAGAAAAAAGAGUGGAUCUGUACAAUAAAGACAAGAAAAAGGUUUUCGGACAUCAAGCAUAUAUUUUAUUCAUAAGACCAAACCCAUGACAAGGCAGAGUGAUUUUUUUUUUUUUUUUUUUUUUUUUUUUUUUUUUUUUUUGUCAUAUUUUUUUCUCUUGGCUUUUCCCUGGAAUUUUAAUUAAUUUUACAAGUCCUUGUUUUUAAAGAUACAAGAUAGGAUAUGUUUGUUCUGUCACAUAAUGUUUUGCUCUUGGUAUACAGUGAAGAAUCUUGUUAAUGUAUUAAAGUCAAAAGCUUGGUUUAACUGUUAGUGUAUGUCUGAGUGGCUAUAUGGGACUAGAUCAUUCUCAGAGGUUGUUUUUAAUGUAGCUGUGUGGAAAGAAGGGUUUUAACAGGGUGAGAUAGAAAAACAUAAUUAGAAGCAAAUAGAUACAGAUCAGAGAUGGGUCACACUGUUGGAGCUCAAAGGCGAUAACUAUAAUCAGCAAGGAGUAAUAAUAAUUUUCCAGUAGCAGCUGACUCAGUCACUAUCCAGCUCUAACAGCUGAUUCGUCAGUAGUCUGGUUGGUGUGUGUCACACAAAUGAUGUCACAUCUCACAAAUGUGCCCUAAAUGUGCAGCUGAAGCCUGUCUGCAGAGAGUUAUGGAGUUGGCAGGAACCCAAAUGCCACCUGUGUCACAGAUACUGAGUUAACAUCUUGUGAAGAAACAUGAGACACUGAAAUAAAAUUAU